CUGAACCUCAGCAGCAGAAAGAACCGGCCACCAUGCCCCAGCAAGCAUGGUAUCCAGCUCAAAAGCCCCAGCUGCAGAAGCAACCGGCCGCUGAACCUCAGCAGCAAAUUGAACCGACCGCCAUGCCCCAGAUACCUCAGCAAGUGUGGCAUCCAAUGCACAUUCCCCAGCAGCAACAGGAACUGGCCACCAUACCCCAGCAAGUGAGGUAUCCAGCUCAAAUGCCCCAGAAGCAUCUGGCCUCCAUGCCUCUACCACAGAAGCAACCGACCGCCAUGCCCCAGCAAGAGUGGCAUCCAGCUCAAAUGCCUCAGCAGCAAAAGCAACCAGCUACUGAACCUCAGCAGCAAAUUGAACCGACCGCCAUGCCCCAGCCACCUCAGCAAUUGUGGCAUCCAGAUCAAUUUCUCCAGGAGCAGAAGCAACCAUUCACUAUGCAUCUACCGCAGAACGAACUGACCGCCAAUCCACCACAACUGUGGCAAUCCGCUCAAGUGCCCCAGCAGCAUAAUCAACCGGCUGCCAUGCUUCAGCAAGUGUGGCAUCGGGCACAGAAGCAACCGGCCCCUAUGCCCCAGCAGCCUCACGACGUGUGGUAUCCAGCUAAAAUGGUCCAGAAGCAAGUCGCUGCGGUGACCGCCAUGCCGCAUACGCAUCAGCAAGUAUGGCAUCCAGCUGAAUUUCCCCAGCAGCAGAAGCAACCGGCCUCAACGCCUCUACCGCAGGAGCAACCGACCGCCGUACCCCAGCAAGUGUGGUAUCCAGCUCAAAUGUCCCAGCAGCGGAAGCAACACACUGCCAUGCCACAGCACCAACUGACCCCCAUGCCUCAGCAAUUAUGGCAUGUAGCUCAAAUGCCCCAGAAGCAACUGGCCCCAAUGUCUCAGCAGAAUCACUACGAAAGCACUGAUGAUGGUGCCUCUAGUAGCACUCAGGCCAGCAUCGUUGAACAGUCGGGUGUCAUCCCAAUCUAUUCCUACAGUUCCAAAUCGCACUACGGGAAUGGCAGGACUGUAUUCUCCCUAACCCGCUACACUCCUAGGGACGCUAUGCCUGUUGACAGUGGAAAUGCUCCCAAGGACAGUUUUGUUCGUACUGGUGCACCAAGCGUAUAUCCAUCACUAGUGAAGGAUUCUGCAAGGAAAAUGUAAUGGAUUCAUCCUCUAGAAGCUAAUGGAAGUAUCUGGUGCUCUUGCUACUCUAGCGUGAGGGAGUACAUGAACAGUGCUACUUUCAAAAAUGUCUCUGUGAAAUAAUGGUUCUCAUGUCCAUUGCUUGCUAAUUGAGAACAGGUGGUGUGCAGUCUGUAGUAAAAAUGACUGCCCAGUUAAUUCUUUGGUUUUCUAGUCUUUUACCUUUGCUACUGGUUGUUCAAAAUAAAAGCUUGGGUCUACAUUUGUCAAGGGGUGAGUUGUCAGACAUUCUUCAUAUGUUCAUACUUUAGAUGUAGGCAUGCAUUGUAUACAGUGAGACUGUCUUCAACCUCAGUAAGCUAACAUAUAGGGAAUGGUUUUUAGAUGGUCAGACCAUGGCUCAU